UGUACAUAUACAUACAUGCAUACUCAAAUAUAUCGGAAUGAUCUCAUUAAAAAUAGAAAAUGCAUACAAAUACUAAAGGAGACGAUGACGAAAAAUUGAAUUUUAACAUAAUUUUUAUAAAAUUAUCCUUUAGCCCAACAGCCAGGCAACGAACUGCAAACGACAAAGAGAAAAGUUAUAAAAACCAAAAUAAAGUACUUAGAAAAUAAUUAAGAUCUAAGAAAAAGAAAACUAACCAUCAAAUUAACAGCGCGUUGUUGAUGUCGUUAUCUUUUUCCGAACGUAUACUCAAAACCAGCGCGCGCUCUCUUUUUACUCGUAUUCCUUUUCUACCAAAAAACUAAAAAAAAAUUUUUGUCUUUUAAUUUCUUACUACGGUGUCCUUCGUUUAAUUUUACAAAAUAGCAACAAACGCAAAAGCAAUAAUCGCCUUGAAUAUUAAAGCAAAACAAAGAAAAGAAAAAAAACUCUUUUUAUCAGCGCAUUUCACUAUCACCAGUAGCAGUACGUCUGAAACCGCAAUAUCACAAAUAUUAAAAAAAAAGAGAAAAUCAACAUUAAUCUUCAACGCUGUCUUUAAAUAUUUAAUUCAAAAAUAAAAUAGAAACCGACAGCAAAACAUCACCAGUUGCCGUGGAAGCAUUAUUUCAAGAAAUUUUAAAACCAACAAUAACUACUAAGAAGCAAAAACAGCAACAACAACAACAUGCGUAGCUGUAAUACGAGAUAUUAGUAAAAAGUUCUUUUUUACUAAAUCCAAUGCCAUGGAUAUGAAGAAAAUACCAAAACCACGUAUGGAAGACUAUGAUUAUGAGCGCAAACAACGAAGAGAACGUGAAAAAUCUGAAAGGCAGCAAGGUCAAGCAGCCACAAACCGUGAGAUAGCGCUCUUCUCGGAACCUCGACGUGUCAAUCCAUCCGAGGCCGAUGACGAUAUUGCAGCUAAGCUGGGUGACUAUUCGAAGGUAAAAGAGAUCAUCAAUCUUCAUAUGUCCAUGUCGUCGAAUCGUCAAAUACCUUCGAAUGCUGUUAUAACUGGUAUUGUGCCUCCAAGUGCCUCAAUUAUUGGUGGCGGUGGUAUAGGCUUAUCACCUGUCCCGGCCUCUCCAGCAGCUGUAACACUAACACAGCGUCUGCCGCCGCCACCGCCGCCAAAAUUGCAACAUUCACAGCUACAGCCACCACAUCACUACCAACAGCAGCAACAAUUGCGACAAUCGGCAACGACUUACGUUAAGCAGGCUGAUAACAAGCCGCCUUAUAAUGGUCGUGGCGGUUAUCCGGGUCAGCCAGUAAACCGUUCCAGUACUGGCAUGGCUCCACCAAAAGGACCGCCAACUGCUGCUCUAUUAGCUUCACUACCUACGACACAUAUGCCAAAUGGACGACAAAGCUCGUCGUCUUCAUUAACGGAAAAGUCAUAUGUAGGGCCACCGUCAAUAUCCUCUUCUAUCUCCUCAUCAACGACGCACAACGGUCGUUUUCCUCAACCAUCAAUACCAAAAAAUCGCCAAAAACAUUUACCAUCAGAGAAUCAUCAACUCGAUAUCAAUAAAAUUAUUAAUCUGGUCACGGAUGAGUUUUGUCCGCCCAAAAUGCUCACCGGCAUCGAUGCUACACCGCACACGACACUUAUGGAAAAUUACAAUCUUUCUGAACCCAAUAAGCACAAAUACUCCUUCGAUAUUUCGAGAACGAGAAGUGUAAUAGAACCACUCGACUCUCCACCUCGUGCUGAAAUGCCAGCGCCACGGUUUGUUCCCCCACUCUCCGCUAACAACGUAAACGCGUCACAGUUGCCUUCUUCGUCUGCCUCUGCUUCUUCCUUAUCUUCUUCCACCACCUACAUAGCGCCUGCCAAUAAUUCAUUGAUGCCUACCUCUGCUGGUGGCCAGCAGCAACAGCCUUCCCUAGCCAACACAGCAACAACGUCAAGAUCACCUUCAGUGCCAGUCUCUCCUAUUCAAUCUAGACCAUCAAAGGAAUCUCUAAUAAAACCAUCGAAAGCUGAAAAGCCAACACCACCACCACCUUCGCUAGAGAAGCAGAACUCCACCUUGGAGAAUGAUUUGGAGCUUUCGGAAUCGGAUGACGAUCGGAAGAAACAAACUCGAUCAGCGCUUAAUUCCAGUGAUAGCUCUGGUACAGACUCCAGCGAAUCUGGCAGUGAAGACUCCUCGAAAAGUGAACAAGGUCAUACCAAUACUUUACCUUCUCAGCAGCAACAACAACAAAUUCCCACUGCCUUAAUCACAAAGAAGAAAUUGAGUCAUGGCUCUUCUGCUGCCCUAGCAAGCGGCGGUAACAGCAGUAGUAGUAGUGGACUGGGUUCAUCAGUAGGUUCUAGUUCAGCUACACCGUGUUCCAGUUCAUCGUCUUCGAACAAAACGCCCUCACCGUCAAAUACCACGAAAUGGCAAUUAAGUCGUUACUUCAAUAAGGCACCUUUACAUAACGCAUCCAAUCAGGAAAUUGUUUCCCCUUCGGCGGCCACUGUAGUAAACUCUGUGAGUUCGAUGAACGUGGUUAGCUUAAAUGUGCCCACAAUGUUGCCUGGUGGUGCCCAGAUAAUUCCAGAACCUCCCCAACAAUUAACAAAUAUCAAAAAUGAAAAUUUAAUCGAUGAUCGGGAUGAGGAUGACGAUGAUGAUGAUGAAAAUGAUAGUGAGGUAAAUGGAGCGGAUACUCGGAGUGGUGUGAGGCGAAAUGGUGAUAACAAUAACUCUGCCAAAAACGAAACAUUCCCUCAUCCCAGUUUGGCAGCAGCAGCAGCAUUUCCUACACGCAAACCACCGGCAGGCCUUAGUGUUACGCCUCUAUCACCAUUGCUGAACGACAUAAAAAAAGAAGGGUCUGACGUGCGUGCAUCAGCAUCCGGACUAACUGUAAAUUCGACACAAGUUCCUGUGUUGAAUGCUUCAGAAUUUGUAGCCAUUCCUAGCAAUCAAAUUAAACAUGAGACUAUGGCCAUCGCCGGAGGCCACACCACGGUAAUACCGUAUGGUAAUGAAAGUUCCUCGGGGACGGGAGUAAAAAAUCGUGCCGAUAACUAUGUAGGCAUAGAGGGAUUGUCAGGGCUUUCUUCGGAUAGCGAUGAUGAUGGCCGUGAGCGUCUUCCUGUACCCGGGCCGGGGGGAAUUUUGCAAAUUCGUGGAGUGCCGGCAGCAAUUACAGCUCUCCCUCGAUCACCGGUUAUUUUGCAAAAAACACAAAAGCUUCCCAACACACUGACUGUAACGCCAAUUGAUCCAUUACCUUCCUCACCUCCUUCAUCGCAUCCACGUGCCGCGCAGCAACGUGCAAAAAAGCCUCGAAAAAAGUUAAAGCAACAAUUAACCAGUGCAGUGAUAGCAGACACCAGUGAUGAGGAACAUGAUGAACAAAAGAGCAACCAUUUGGUCAGUCCAGCUGCAGUGACUACUACAACAACAGGGGUAAUGGGUGCUAAAAAAGGUCGAGGGCGGCCACGUAAAAAUGCUACACCAAAUCAAAGCGGUAAUAUUAGCUCCGCAUCCUCAGCUUCGGCUUCUGCUAAAGGCCCGACAUUGACAGCUAAGAAAGAUGUAGCGAAACGAACAACUAUACCUGCUACUGGAUCACGGCGGAGAAUUUCCCGUCAAAACUCUGCCAAUUUAACUCAAAACGCACUCAUAACACAGACUAAGCAACCAUUACCAAUACCCUCUCCGUCAGUCAUGACGACCCAACUGUUAACAAUACCUGAUCCAGGAGGUCCCACUUCUACUGUCACAAGUAAUGAUAGUUCCUCAUCAUCGGAGUCUUCAUCGUACAAUAAUUCGAAGUCGUCAAGCUCAUCAACCGACAGUGACAAUGAAUUGGAGGCGCACGCCAAACAACCGGCUAUUUCGGUACUUUCUUCUUCAGAAGACGAUGAAAAUACGGCAUUGCCCUUUGCAGCUCAGAACGUAAUGACAACAAAAUCAACAAAAGUGGCAGUAACUCAGGAGGAGCAUAAACGUAGCGCAACAGGACCAAGACGCAUAGUCAAACAAUUGAAUCGCCGCAAAUCUACAAUGGACGAUAUGGUCUCCGGAUGUAAUGCGCCGAAAGCGGCGCCAAACGCUAUAUCCAUGUCUUCAACUUCCGUCUCCUCGUCAACAGAUAGUUCAACAGAAGAUUAUGUACCUCCGAACACAGCUGUUGCAGGAACAGCCAUUGGGUCAUCUGGACAAUCUCAUGCGACGCUUGGCAGUAGUUCGCAACGUUCGACGACCCAAUUGUCGCCUUACAAAAAUGCGACAGGAGCUUCAUCAAGUCGUAGUCGAAAACCCACGUCUUGCUCGAGUGCCUUUUCUUCAGAGUCUAGCGGAGAUGAACAUUUUGACAGUGAUUGUGGAGAAGCGAAGAAAGAAAAAAAACUACGCCGUGAUAAACCAAAAAGUGAUAAAAAUAAAAUUAGUACUCUAACGCGCAUAUUUAAAACUUCUAAUGAGGGAGGGGCCAAGAAACAAGGGCAAGUAGUGAUAGUAGAUCAAUCCGAAGAGCAAAUGCAACAACAGCAGAAACACAUUUCUCCUAUUAAUAAUCCUAUAAGAUCGAGCCAAGAAAACCUGAUUUUAGGUACUCAUGGUUCCAUGCAAGGUACCCCAACAGCUCAAUCACCGCGUCUUACGCCUCGCAGCCAUAUGAGGUCCCCCAGAUCUUUGCCUUUACCUCCGCUGGCUGCUCAAAUUUUAACAUCUUCAGUGAAUCAGUCAGUAGCAUCACAUCGUACACCGGAUCGCAGUACCACAAGUGCUGAGCGCAAAUUACAGCAACGUAUAAAGACACCUACGCGAACACCGACAAGAACACCACCCACCACAAGAACUCCUACACCAACACCUGUAGUUAUAACGCAACAACAAUCCCAACCAACAUCUCUUCCUCUCACUUCACUGAUUUGUAAAAUUGAUCUCUCCCGUCUGUUACAUAUACCAGCUGAAUGGCAUAAAAAUCCAUAUCGUUUAUAUGGACACGCACACAGUUAUCCUCAGAGUGCUGGACGCACACCAAUUUAUGAUCAUGAGACAAUACUCAACGCUGACCUCCAAUCGACAACUACCCAGUUGCGUCUAAAGACUCACUCCUCAGGUAGUGUAACGCCCCGUAGCGCUGGUAAUCAUACUCCAAUGCAGAUGGUAACCUCCGAACGAGAACUUUCACGUUCAAGAGAAAGCCUUCAAGAAAUGGCAUUGACAGCUAAUGCAAAACGUGUAAUGGAAGACAAUGUCAAUGUAGGACGUCUAAGUAGUCGGUCGGCAGAUGGCAGUGGUGAUGGCUCUACCCCCAAACAUCAAGUGCUGUUAUUGCCACCCAUACCCAAUGGCUAUACAGCGGCAACUGCUAGGGGCUAUGCGGCGGGUCCGCAAAUUUUAGGGUCGCCCAGUGCGGGUAGUAAACAGCUGCUAAUGACUGGAGUAAAGCAUGAGCAUACCAUUAAACAUGAACCUGACAGUGAGGCUUAUGAAACGAAAUAUAAGACAGCUGAUACCAAUGCAUUAAUCAAACAAGAACUGCUCAUAUUGAAACAGGACUAUAAGCCUAGUGAUUUGACUGCGGCAGUAGCUAUGGCCGAAAAACAGCAAGCGAUGUGUUCGCCACAAGAAUCCAUGCAUUUGGAUACUAAACCACGACGCAAGCGCAGUUGUAGCUCAAGCUCAAGUCCAUACAAGGAGAAGAAGCGGAAAAAAGAAAAGGACUUAGGAGAAAAAGAAAAGCUGAUAUUAUCCUCUAAAGAUAAAGAAACAGCUAAUGAGAUUAUAAAAUCUGCGAAAGAUUCUUCCAAAGACACAAUUAUAACGUUAGCAAAUGGCAAUGGACAGCAACAACAGAGAGAUCAACAGCAAUUGCCGCUCACAAACCACGACCGGUUACAACACCAACAGCAACUACAAAAAUUUGAUAAAGUAAAUACCUCCAGCAUUAUAGCAAAUAGUGGCAAUGGUAAUAACAAUCUUAACACUGCCAGUAGUGCGCAUUUACAAAGCAUUAGCAAUCCGAAUUCAACUGUACCAUCGCAAAUGAACGCAGCUUCCGCGGUUAUGCCACCACCGGCGAAUGUAGGCUUAAUACCACCACCAUUGGCAUCAGCAACGGUUUGUGGUCAUUCGGUGUUAACGCGCUUUGCAAAUGUGCCACCAAACUCUACCUGCUCAUCCAAUACAUCAAUGGCGUCAACGUCCAAUUCUAGUGACUUGAUAUCAUCGUCCCACAGGACCACUGCGGCAAUAUCAUCGACGACUACCGGCGGAAUUCAUUCUAAUGACCAAGCCCCGCAAGUAGUCUAUCGUUCCUAUUUCGAACGAGAUGAUGAGGCUUUUAGCGAUGAUUUCAGCAAAGAUGCAAAGUUCUUGCAGGAGGCUGUACAUCGCAAACAUGCGGCUGAUCGUGAGCAGAAUACAUUCAAUCAGGUUACUUUAUAUUUAGAAGCUGUAGUUUAUUUUCUACUUUCUGGAGCUGCUAUGGAACAAUGUCGUUCAGAGGAAGCUGCUUGGACCAUGUAUCGUGAUACCCUUGAUCUGAUUAAAUAUAUAUCUAAAAAAUUUCCACACUUACAAGCAUCUUCGGCUAAUCAGCAUGAAACUCAUAAAGUAGCAAUUUUAAGUCUUCGUUGUCAAUCUCUGAUCUCUCUUAAAUUGUAUAAAUUGAAACGUGGCUUUUGCCGUCACCUUAAUUACAUAUGUCGUGAAUUUUUCAAAUCCGGUAAAGGUGACAUCGUUAAUGGCAAUACACCCAGUUCUAUAUCACCAUCCAACUCGGUAGGUUCUCAGGGUUCCGGUUCAAACACCCCGCCCGGUAAAAUAGUGCCUGAAAAUAUACACUCAGCUUUGCAUCAACAAAAUCAAAUUUUUAAUUAUUUAGCCAGUAGUCAUGAAUUGUGGGAUCAAGCAGACAAGUCAGUUAGAGAUGGCAAUCACACAGAUUUCUUUAUAGCUCUCGAUCAUGAGAACGGUCCAUUGACAUUGCAUAGCAGUGUUUAUGAAGUAUUUCGUUAUGUCCAGGCCGGUUUGAAAAAAUUAAAAGAUGAAAUGUUAAUACAAUAACAACAACCUACCGUUAGCAGCAAUAUUAAAAAUUAACACUUCUUAUAACGGACGGAGUGAGAGCGAGAGAGAAAGAAACUUAUGAAAAGACAAAAGUAGUUAAAUCGUCUCAAAGUCAAAUAGACAAUGACUAUUAUCAUCAGAGCAUGCACAUCAUCCAAAAGAGAUUUUUAAUUAAAUUAAUAUAAACAAAUUUUUAGUUAAUUUUAAUUUUGAUAAAAAAAAAAAACAAUUGUUCUCCUUUAAACUCGACGAUACCAUUUUAAGCAAUAUACGUUUUGCUGAGCGUUUUGUGUCAUCUUUCGCUUACGUGUGUAGUCACUAUUGUUGAAAGUAGAUAUUAACACUUAGUCCACGAAGUAUGUAAGCAAAAAGUUUAAAUUAAGUUCUUUUUUAUUUUAGGCAUUUCUACCCAAUUAGCGCUAGUAAAAUUUGUUUUCUUAAUUCGACUGCCGUGCCCGUCGUCUAGAGUAUAAAAUUUUUAGCAAUUUUCUCAUUUUCCACUUCGUAUGUGCCGAAAUAUGCGGGCAGAAACAACCAUUACCUCCCGUUUUUUUUUACGUUACGGAAUGUGCUCCCUUGAAAUAAUCUGUGGAUAAUUAAAGAAUUCGUAAAAUCUGGUUUCUUGCUAUAGACAAAAUUAUGGGAUUAUCAGUGAACAGAUGGGACUGGAACGAUUUCUCUAUUUAUCCUGACUAAAAGUGCUUAUAGUUGAGUCUCUGAAUCUCCGUUGAGUAUUUCUAUACACCAAAGCCAAUGGGCAAUUUCGUAGAUACGAAAAAUUCAAAAUUUUAAUUUUAUUUGCGUUACAUUCUGAUUAUAACUUACUUAUUUUGUACACUAUGAAGUUUUAAAAAACAUUGUAUAUUUUACAUAUAUUGGAUUUUUUAAACAA